AUGACGGACUCAGCCGAAGCUGUCAUCAAGUUCGAGCUGAAAUUCCGGCUACCAGUCGAAGGACCCGGCAACGCGGAAAGACUGAGAGUCCAAGACGAGCUCAGGAACGAGAUCAAGAAAGAGAUCAGCAAAAGAUCAGGCAAGGAUCAAUUCGAGUACCGCAAAUUCGUGACAAACUAUUACAAGUGCCAGCAAGAGUUCCUCCAACAACAUUCGCUCGUCAGCCGCUCGCCGUACAACACCGGCAAAGCUUCAGACCUGCAACUGGAGGAUCUGAGAACAUGGACGGCCAUGUUUAGAGAAUAUUUGCUCCUACACACGACGUUUUUGCAGUGCCUCACUAGCCUGGACACUUUUCUCAAAUCUCACAAUUUCUCACCCAUAACACAAAGGGGAGUUUUGCAGGAGCUUAGGCACGAGGAGGCGAAGAACCAGCAUAUCACAGCUACCAGGAACAUUCUCGAAAUGGAACUCAGAAGGAGGGAGAGGUGGGACCAGUUCGACAAGAAGCCAUACGAUGCGAAAGGGAGGACGGAAAUGUUGCGCAAGGCGUAUAUGCAGGACUCGACCGACUUGGACUCCUCUCGAGGAAAAUGGCAGUGGAAGAAGACUUUGGGCCACAAUAUGGGUGACACCACUUUGUGGGUGCAACUCAAUGAGCAAAACAUCGUUAUCGACAAACUCGUCCGUAAGGAUCAGAUCAUGAACGAGCAGCAUUUCACCGGCGGCAGAGACUGGUAUGGCGACGCCAUGAAGUUCGAUGAUCGGGUGUCGAUGGAGUACUACCUCCAGAAGAAGUGUGCUGAUGCUCGCCCACAAUCGUUUCCGACAGUGCGAAAAUGGGCGCAGAUUAUGGAGCACCUGAUGGUGCGCAUUUACAUGCAAUACUGCCCGCACGCCGAUCUGCAGUCUGUCAUAAACUCUUACCACUCGCCAAAGAGACGUGCAACAUUAGACGAACAACAACCCAUUACCGAACCCGCUCUUUGGAUGAUCUUCGACAGAAUGGUCGACGCUUGCCUGAUCAUGCGGCAGGGAGAUCUUGAAACGACUGAUCCGAAGUGGUUGCAAAUCGUCCACCGCGACAUCAAGGCUAACAACGUCUUCCUCGACACCGCCGACCCAAACUCAUUCCCAAACUAUCCCGUUCCCAAACUCGGCGACUUUGGUCUCGCCUUCGAGACCUCGGCCAGCGAUCCGUUCAAUCCUCGACUUUACAACAGCGGAGCUGGAACAAAGCCGUACCGCGCCCCCGAGCAGUCAUCCUACACGAACGCACACGGCAUGGACUUUGUCCAUGCAUGGCCCCUUCUCGAUUACACCAACGUCUUCGCCGUCGGCCGCAUGAUGUGGCACCUCGCCAGCGGCAUCGACCGGCCCACGGCCAACUACGAGCCGGACUUCCUCGACGGCAAGGAUUACAAUAGCAGAAACCAGUUCAUGGUGAAAUAUUAUAGCGAGACGCUUCUCCAAUUGAUCGAGGGUUGCACGAAGUUCGUCCCCCACGACAGACUGACUCUUGAGGAGUUGAAGAAGAGGUUGAAAGACGAUGUCGGGAAUCUACAGCCGAAAUUGAGGCAGUUCAUUCAGAUGGCCAGAACUGGGAGGAAUGUCGAGGGUUCAGAGACUUACACGUUGGAGUAUUUGGAGGAUGAGUACAAGAUGGGGAUGUGCAUGGAUCCGUCGUGGACGAGUGGAGAUGAUGGAGCUGCGAGGCAGCUGAAUGCGGAAUUACAGGGCCGUCCUGCUGGAGCGGCAAUAUCUGGGCGGGCAGUCGCUGCGAUGGUGAAUGACGCUCAGAUGGCGGAUGCUGAGAUGGCGGAUGCUGGGCUGGAGCCGACUCAGGUGCCGAGCUAG